GUUCUUCUGAACUGUCUCAACGUCAACACCGGCGACGACGGGGAGCUCGGCGCGCUGCUCAAUCUCAAGCUCCUGAAUUCAGACAUCCUGGCUCUCCUCGUCGCUCUUUACUGACGCAACCUGGCUGGAAUUGCUCUGGCUGGACGACCCCUUGCUAGACUAAUCCUGUCAUUCGGGUAUGGCCCAACGGCGCUCUAACCUUAGAGUCUCAUCAGUCGCAGACACCGCCAUUUUGACUAGCCGAAAGCUCCAGUCGCGACGCGGUGCUGGCUCUCGCAGACGCGUCGUCGCUUUCGCCAAUCCUUACAUAUCGCCCGAGUCCAGUUCUCACGGUCCGGUCGCGUCUAGCAGCUCUUCCUCGGAUCCACCCCGCGCAGUUUUGGUCCCACUCCAGUUUAAUCUCCGUCGUCUUCCUUCCCGGUCGAAUAUGGCGAAGGAAGGGAUACACGACGAUAUUCGCGAUUACCGUGUACGUGCCGGAAUCAAGCGUAAACGCAUGGUUAGUGGUACCGAAAACGCGGCCUCCGGAAAGAAUUCACGCGCGCCUUCGAGAGUGAAGCGAAGGAAAACCAGUCACGAUUCGAGUGAAGACGAUUUUAUAAGCGAUAUGGAAGUUGAUGGUCAUGCGCAUUGGGAAGGUCCUGACAGGUCCGAUGACGACGGAAUUGUGGACACAUCGGAUGACUUCCUCAUAAACGAGGCGCCUUCCCGCCAGCUGUUACGGCUGCGCAAGGAUGAGCUUGUUCGUUUAUAUGUGGCGGCUGGUCUAUCGGAGGAUGCAGAGCUUCUCACGAAACAAGAGAUUGUAGAUUGCAUUGUCGAUGCGCGGGAUGACAUUGCGGAUUUGCCUCCGUCAUCGCCCGGCGCGCUCGACAGCGGUUCUAGCGACUAUUCUUCUGAUGGAGGCAACACCGCGGGAAGUGCAGAGACCGAUUUCCACGUGCAAUGCAAGAACGGUCUGCGGAGGAGGGCCACUAUGCACGACAUAGGACACACUACACGGACACGUGCGUCGGAGAGAUAUUCUUCAGUCGGUCAUGAUGGCCAGUCAGGGAAGAAGACUCGGUUCACUGGGGAUUCUUUUGAAAGUCUGCGCCGUACAGGCCCCUCAACACGAAGGCGUGGGUUUAGCAAUGCGAGCUCCAUGAGAUCAUCUCCCACCUCGUCGGUAGCUGCAUCUUCCCUGCCGUCUCCUCCUAUAACUCGCCUACGAAUGCGCCAGCUGUCGAGCGAGAUAUCACCUACCGCCUCUUCAUCUUCCAGAAGUAGCCAAGACAAGGGGAUAUCGAAGCAAGCGGGGCUCCACAACGGUGAUAGACUACGGCCUGCCCCACCCAUCGACGAAGAGAGUGAUUUGACCGAUCUCACCGAGGUCGAGGAGCCGCUCGCUUCGAUGUCGCCAAAUUCAACGUCGCCAAGUCCGAGACGGCUACGUAGCCAAGGCGAGAAGCAAAGCAGUGGCAGGCAGAGCAAGGAUGAGGUCAUUGACAGCCACGCUCGAGAGCCCCAGCGACGCAUGACCCUCAUGCGGAAGGCGAGGGCUAAUGUGGAAAGACCUUCGGAAGGUGAGGAAGAGGACGAACUCAACGAGAGCGAGACCGACCAAGAUGAAGAGGUGGAUGAACUUCAGCUUUCACCUUCUCCCGCUGAAACUCCGAAGGCCCCUGUCCUAUGGGCUCCCCUCAAGCGGAGGUUAAGGCCUCGGCCGUUACAGACCCAUACACCUCCCAGCGAUGGAGAUGAUGAGCGGAGUGAUAAUGAGGGCGAGACGGACCUCGAGCAGAGCGCUACUGAGGAGGAUAUUGACAAUGAGGAAGAUGAUGGGAGCAGCACUACUGUUGAUGAGGAGGAAAACACUGUGCAGGUCACGCUAGAGCCACGCAGGCUGAGAAGCGGCAAGGUUCUCGCAGAAGGUGACGAGGGCGAGUCUACAGGCGAAAAAGACGACGAUGACGAGGACGAUGAGAGUUAUCGAGGUUCCUCUUCAGAAGAUGUCGAUACGGAGAGCGAAGCAGAUGAAAUUGACGAGGUUAAUGAGGUUGAUGGAGUGAUGGAUGAAAACGUGGACCUCACCGUAGCCACUUCAAAGUCUCUAUUGCGCAUGCGGAGGGAAAAACUUGUACGGUUAUGUGAAACACGGGAUCUCGACACGACAGGUACAAAACCGCAACUCGCUGAGGCUCUCCUUCAGUGGAGAGACCAGCAUUAUAGUUCACCGUCGUCGACUGGUACAGCACGUCCGCCUUCUACUCCAAAAGACCGCGGACAUGGCAGACGGAAGACACGGAGUAAGAGCCAAAGCGAAACACCGCCCGUUCUCAUGCGCCCCGAGCGUGUACACACAGACGAGCCUCGCACUCCUCCGUUGUCAGAUCGGGCGAAGGCGGCGGAGCCAGAGCUCGAACUUGACUUGGAGAGCUUGGGGCUGGAGGAGAGGGAGAUUCCCCCGGAAAAGCUGACAAAGCUUGAAAGGAUCGGCAGCGGCGGCUUCAAAGAUGUCUUCAUCGGAAAGUACAAACGUAGUAAGGUCGCGAUAGCUGAGUUCAGAGACCAGCUCAGUGCCAUGGACAUCAAGGAACUUAAGCUCCUCGGUGAUUUCAACCAUCCCAACAUUGUCAAAUUCCUUGGCGUGAGCAUACCGGAGAACACUCGAGACACGCCAGUCAUGAUCGUCAGCGAGCUGUGCUCAAAUGGCGAUCUAUUCGACUACAUACGUAACGUUAGCCCCCCUUCGUUGCAUAAAAUCCUCUGCAUCAUGCUCGACAUCGCCCGAGGACUUGAGUACCUGCAUACCCGGAAACCAUCCGUCAUCCACAGGGAUUGCAAGUCGUCCAACAUCCUCAUCACAUCCAAGGGGGUUGCAAAGAUCACCGACUUUGGCCUGGCGAAGGUAAAGCAGUCAACGCGCUCGAUGGUUCGCAGUUUGGUCGGCACAGUGAAUUGGCAGGCUCCUGAGCUCUGGACCGCCCAUCCAAAGUACAAUCACAAGGUCGAUGUCUACUCUUGUGGGAUGGUGUUCUGGGAGAUGCUCCAAUGGCAUGUGCCAGUGAAGGCGUUUCCUUGGGAGGGCAUGAACGAGCAUGCGAUCUACGAUGUUGUGGGUAACAAGCAUCAGAGGCCAUCAGUUUCAGGAUUGCGCAAGCAGUGGUGCCCUGAGAUCGUGGACUUGGUAGAGCGCAUGUGGGCGCAAGAUUCCAAAGACCGGCCUACGAUGACCGAAGUCGUUGAAGAGCUGGAACGCCUCGUGCAGAAGUACCGAUGAAAUAUACCUUGGCACGCUUAUGCGAAGCUAGCCGACACCGCUAUCACUUCACUUAUUCCCUGCUGACUAUCUCCUGCCAUCUGCUUCGAGGACUCUUGGUUUCAUGGUCUCAAGACUGCGUGCUUGCGGGUCUGUCCUAAUUCCAGCAUCCCAUCCUACUUUAGAGCGAGGGUUUUUUUUUCGCUUUGUACAUUACAGUCAAACCAUGGCAUCGUGACAAUCAUUGCAAUGUGUUAUUAGCCACUAUUUGUAUCUUACUAGCCAUACCAAUUUGCAGUGCAUCACAAUGGAUGGAAAACUAUUACAAAC